AAGAUUCUAAUGGACAAGAUUAUCUUAGAAAUAGAUAUUUCUCGGCAAAAGAGUUGGAAAAAGUCUGCGAAGCUUGGAUUGAAAAGGUCGAUAUAUUUAAAGGUGUAAUCAAAUUUAAUCCAAGCAAAGCAAAGAGGAAAGAAUUUGUGCCUGAGUGA